AUGAAACGUGGCACGUGCUCCGACCAGCAAACCUCGCUCUGUUACUGCCAAUCCUUCCAGGACAACGUCUACACCUUUGUCUACAACGGAACGGCGACCACGCCCUUCUCUAGGGCUGAUGUACGCCUCACAUGGCGCGACAACUCACCUACACCUUUUUCUACCUCCUCUAAACAGUUGCCUCUCAUCAAAAACAAAUGCCAGAUAUUGGCAGUGAAUUACCUGCCGCAGGCAACCAACCAGCAAUGCCUGAUCACAGGGGCUGACUCCCUGCUAUACAGGGGAACACUCGACGCAUCUGACUACACCGUCGACGCCACGUCGCAGACGCUUCAGUUCCAAAUGAAGUACUACGACUCUGACAUCUACGAAGUUAUGUGCACGGUCAAUGUUCUCUCAGACGGAUGCUCCGCCCCCUCCACCCAACCCUGCUACUGUGAGAGCCUUGUGGACAACGUCUACACCGUCGUCUACCAGCAGCAGGCCACGCCCACCUGCUCCAAGGCCCAGGUCCGUCUCGCCUGGACUGACUCCCUCGGGAGGAACAAAGUCAGUGACGUCAUUGUCAAUCCUUCCAUAAAAGAUAUCAGCUGUGACGUCAUCAACAUGUACCCGGUGACCGUGGCCGAGGAGGUCAUUACAAUCGUCGGCACCGUUGACGUCACGGGGCGGGCCGCCAAUGUCUGGCCGCGGAUAAUCAAUUUUGAACUCAAACAAGAAAACGCCUACAUGUUUGAGCCUUUCUGCACAGUGGACAUCGGACAAGAUGGUUGCCAGGCAACAAGCCCCGCCCAAUGUUUCUGCGAGAAGUUCCAGGCAGACGUCUACACCGUCAGGUACCAGAGCGCCGCUUCUGCCAAGUUUUCCAACGGUCAAGUUCGUCUGGCGUGGAGUGAUACAUCCUACAACACCCUCUACAGCGCCUCGCAGACUUUCUCUGAUGUUAAGGAGAUUAUCGCCCCUCUUAUGACUCUGGAGGCUAGUUUUGACAACAACGAGUGUAUCGUGGCUGAUCGGGACGUGUUCACCUUUAUUGGUGACAUGGACGUGACGGACACCAACACACCUUCACAAAUUGUCAAAUUUGAGGUCAAGUACGCCGGCUCGGACAAUUUUGAAACCGUGUGCAGCCUGGACAUGGCCUCCACAGAAUGCACUGACCAGCCUGACGUCAUGUGCCACUGCCAGUCCCAUGACAACAACGUCUACAGCUUCGUGUUUACGGGUGUGGCCGCUACAGUCUACAGCCAUGGCGAGGUCCGUCUAGCUUGGCAGGGCGUGUCAUCAGCUUUUCACUACAGCCCAAGUUCACAGUUUCCUGCAAUCAAAGAGUUCAAGUGUCAUGACCUGACCCUACAGUACCAGGCACCAGCAGAUUCAGACGACCAGUGCCUUGUCGCAGACACAAAUAACUUCAUGUACAUCGGAACUCUGGACAUCACCGGUUCCAGCAUUGACGACACCACCCAGACGGUCAACUUCCAGUUUAAACUGGCCGGUGCUGAAGACUUCCAGACGAUGUGCAGCGUGGAUCUGAUAACUGACCAGUGUCCAUCCGUCACGGACAAACCCUGCCUGUGUACGGGGUUCGACAACAACAUCUACAAUCUGGUGUACAGUGGUACAGCAACGGUCGACAUGUCUCAGGCGGAGGUUCGACUUGAGUGGCAGGAUCAUACCGACACCAAGUACAGCUCAAGUGUGACGUUCCCAGUUGUUAAAGUUGGCCAUUGUGAUCCCCUUGAAAUCACAUAUUUAUCCGUCAUACCGGAUUCCAUUUUCAACAUGGAGGGAUUCGCGGACGUCACAGACAAGGAUGAGAAUGAGUGGCCGAGGAUUUUCAGUUUUCAAAUCCGUGAAUGGGGCUAUGACGAUUUUCAAACGACCUGCACAGUUGAUGUACAGAACGAGGGAUGCCCCUCCCCCCCGGGCUACGACUGCUACUGCGACAGGUUUGAGGGGAAUGUGUACUACCUCUACUACAACGGCUACCCUCUGUCAACAUACUCGCAGGCCCCUGCUCGCUUGGCCUGGAGUGACAGUUCCUCCAAUGUCCUCUACAGCAGGGAGUCGAACUUCCCGUACUUUGAAAACUCAGGUUGCGAUAAGCUCAUCAGUUUGAAUGUCUUUAUCGUCACAGCUGUUGGCAUCAUUGUCUUUUAUAUUUAAAGCUUGAUUUCAAAAUUCUGGCAAAAUAGGUUUUAGCACUAUCUUGCAAAGCGUUUGUUUUUAUAUUAUAAGUAAACUUACUUAUGAAAUUGAGUUAUCUACUCAUUGAUGUAUGUUUAAUAUUACAAGUAAACUUACUUAUAUAAUUAUGUUUUGCUACUUUUUGAUGUUUGUUUAAAUUUGUCUUUAGAACAGUGGAAAUGUUUCUUUAAUACGCAAAGCACUUUGUGACAUCAAUGAAUUUAAGUGUCACAUGGAUCGUUACAACACCAAAUAAAUUGUUGGUUAAUUUUCAAACGAUGGAAUCUUGCUAGAGAGUACAACGAAACUUCAUGCAAGUUACAAGUAGUUUGAGUUAUAUUCUAGCAAGAAAAAUGUGUUGUUUGUGUAUGUUCAUGUUUUUACGGUUUUUCUCAGACACUUAAUAAUGUUAAAUCGUUAUUAAAAGAUGUUUUUUGAUUUCUAUGGAUGACUCGAAAAACCAGUAUUAAAAUCAUUUUAAA